AGGUCUGUCUUCGAGUGGGUGCAUAAAAUUGACGAAUCACGUACUAGAGUUACUUACGUUGUAUGACGAUGUAUUGGCCAGUAACAAUUUGACUUUACGCAAACUGUAUUUACCUGAUGACGAAUUCCUUAUAUUUCAUGUAUUCUCAAAGCUCGGUGAAUAUUAACAUUUUAACAUCAUAAGUCGCUUUAUAUUCAGCUGUCUAGAGUUUGGCAUAUCAAAACGCCGAUUUAGUAUCGUAUCGCAUCUAUUUAGCAUAUGCAUAAUUAACAUGUAGAGUUCUGGAAAUAUACUGAUUAUGUUUAUCAGUGGUUUAAUCAGGGUUUCACUAAGGAGUUGCAUUUGGAAGUCUAAAUAGAGUUUAUCUAAUCAAUAACUUGUUCUUAGACAUAUUUUUCCAAAUAAAAUGUCGUGAAGGCACAAAUGUUCUUGAAAAUAACUGUUCGUUCAAUUCCAGAGUAUUCAAACUCAAUGAAUUCGAAAUUCAAAUUAGUAGAUGAUGAUAAAGAAAAUAACGGUGAGCUGUCACUGGACGUCGAACAAGCCAUUCAUAGCAGUUCAAUCAUGUCCAAAGCUCCAAUCGUGCAAUUUCUAAACAAAUUUCAUAGUAGUCUAGCACCAUUUGCUGGUAUUUACUGUUAUAAGGUUUGGGUGUCUGAUGAAUCACCAAACAGAUCUCGCCAUUACCCAUAUCAAGUUAUCACAACAAAUUCAAUACAGAAAGUUUAUGUCACUACUAUGCGUGUGUGGCCGAUUAGGUUUUCUUUUCGACCACCAGUAACUCCUAUGGAUUUUUGGAUUCGAAUUACACCAUUAUUUUCGUAUGCAGAGAAAUGUGGUGAAGUCGUUCAAAGGUGCAAAAAGCACGAGAUUCAAACACCUGGUAGCUACUUAUCAAAGGGUAAAUCAUUUGUUGAAAUUCUUGGAGAAAGUUCGAAGUAUGUGUUGGGCAGCACCCUGUCGAAUUGCCCUCGUGACCAAAUUACCGUUCGUACACCUAUUGAUGUGCUCCAUCUCCUUCACUCCAAGUCAGAAGCUCCACCCAACACCGCCGAUUCGGAUAUCUCAUUACUACCCGAAGUGAGAGGGGUUUUGUAUUGUAGACUUAGCUGCUACAACAGUUGUUUUGGUUUAACAGCUCGAGGUGAAAUUGAGUUAGUUAUUACUCUCGAAGCAAAGAACGAUGAAUCAGUGAAUCAAGAGAAUUUCACAAUCUUUGGCCUUGACAAAAUACGUGUUCGUUGUUGCUCUUGUCCGACAAGAGAUGCAAAGUCUGAUCACAAGCUUUCAUCCAAUACUUUAGGAUCAAGUUCGACGGGCCUAAGUUCUAGAAGGUUGUCACUUAGUUUAUCUGAUCAUUCGAAUAUUCGAAUAAAUACUGGAAGUUCAAGUGCACGAAAUAGUUGUCCUAGUAAAAUACAAAGAGUUGAAAACGAAGACUGUCAAGAAUCAUAUUCAUCUAUUAUUCUUAACGGUAGAAAAUAUUUCAUUACCAUGACUGAUGAUCCGGAAGUAAAGUCAGCAAACACCAUACUGAGGGAUUUAUCAGCUUCAGCAUCUGAAAGAUGGACAUGUUCUCAUUCUCGAAAUCGUGCACUGAAACGUAUUAAAAGGUUUUAUCGGAAUUUGGAAAGUUAUGUUACUGACUGUACCGUUAAAGAGUUAUCUAGAAAAGGAAAUGAUUGUAUUUCAUCUCAGGGAUCUCAAGACAGUACAAGUUCAACUUCAUCGACAGCUGACAAGUGUGUUGGUACGGAUAACUUGUAAAUGGAAUAUAUGAUACAGGGUGAAAUUUGUCUCUUUCAUCCGGUGAAGACUUACUCGCCACAACUAUGGCAAUAAGUAUUAUUCUCGCAUACUAUUUUUUUCAGUAUUUUUUCUACAACUUAUUUUGUAUAGGUGACUUUUGAUUUCAUUUUGUUCUUUUUGUCAUUUCUUUAUUAUUGGAAAUAGUAUUAUUAUAAUUAUCAGUAGUAUAACAAAUACCACAAAAUAAAUCAGUGGGUUGUUGAAUUUCAUCUGUUCUUUUGUAAAAUAGUUUUCAAUAACAUAGUGUGAUCUGUACUAUAAUGUUUGCUUAGUACCGCUGAAAUUCGUUUGAACUCGUUUUGUCUUGCUUAUUUUUGUUACUUUAAAGUGAGUAGGUUUUAUGAUUGAAUAAAAGUUGUUUUUAGAUUCAA